AUGCCAGGGUCAGAGUUCAUCAAAGUCACCGCACGAGUUCGUCCGUCGACUUCUUCUGGCCCAGAAAGCUGCAUAGUUAAUGUGCUUGAUAGAAGAAAUCUCAGUGUCACUACGGGGAACCCGAGGAACUUUUCUUUCGAUGCCGUCUUUAACAAGGAUGCCACACAGUCGACGGAUGUGUUGAAGGGUUUCAAUGGCACCAUCUUCGCCUAUGGACAGACUGGUUCUGGCAAGACUCACACCAUGCUCGGACCUUCGAAGAUGCAGAACGUUUUCUUGAACUGUGAAUAUCGGGGCCUUAUUCCUCGUGCAUGUGAUGCAUUGUUCACAAAGCUUUGCACCAGAGCAGCUGAGAAGGGGGAAAGUUAUAAAUAUGAAGUCACGUGUAAAUUUGUUGAACUCUAUAAUGAAGAACUUUACGAUCUCCUCAGUACCUCACAACAGAAACUAACAAUCCGAAGCGACUCAAAGGUUGUUCAACUAGUCGGUGUCUCCGAGCAUCCUGCAUACUCGAGCUCUGACCUGAUGCGGAUCCUGGAAAUGGGAUGGGAGGCUAGACGUACAGCGGAAACUGCGAUGAAUCGGGAGUCAUCACGUUCGCAUGCCAUGUUCAUCAUAGAUUCUCUCACUGUCCUCGGUCGCGUUAUUCGGAAAUUAUCUGCAGCGAAACGCCGUGAUGAACACGCUCCAUAUCGAGACUCAAAAUUAACCCACAUCCUUCGCGAUUCACUUGGAGGAAACAGCAAAACAGCUGUCAUAGUAAAUGUACAUCCUGAUGUGGAGUACUGCUCUGAAACCUUGUCUACGCUACAGUUUGCUGCUGCUUGUGGUAAAAUUGAAAAUCGAGUGCAUGCAAAUGAAGAUCUAUCUGGAGAUACUGUAAUGGCAUACAAAGAUGAAAUUACUCGCCUGCGUGAGGAAUUGAAAGCGAUUGAAGAAAGAAUCCGUUCAGGUACAUUCUUGUAUGCUGGGGCAUUUCCUGAGGGCUUCGUUUAG